CGCCGUAGACGAUUUGCACGUUCGUCCAUCCAACGUGUAACGAUAUAUCGGUAGCAAGAUAGUUUCUGUCAUUUUUCUUUUUAUUUAGACGCGAUUAGAAUUUAUAUACUAAUAUGGACGAUAUUAUAUAAUGUGGACGAAUAUCUGUGUGAUUGGCAUUCUGUCUGUGAUUGGAAUUAGUGCACAUUCUGCUUCCGACGAAGUUUUGCCAUGGUCCUUGGGAAAAGCCCUGCACGCGAAGAAACUCCCGUACGCGUACCGUGCAUCGUAUAACUGCAAAAAUAUAGGCCAUUUUCCGGAUGUCCACAACUGCAAGCGAUUUUAUCAGUGUAACAGCUUCUUCGGACUACCUUUUGUUCAAAAUGUUUUUGAGUGCGAGAAUAAUCUGGUAUUCUCGAUCAGCACAGAAACCUGUGUAACGCCCGAACAGAGCGGCAGAUCGGAAUGCCAGAAAAGAGUUGCACCACCCGCAAAAGGGAAACCACAACCGCCGGCUUCGCUUCAGAAACCACUGAAGGAAAGUAAAUCACCACCUACAAAAGCAAAAUUAAAAUCAACACCAACGCCAAAACCACAAUCACAAACGUCUAGAAAACCGCUAAAGAAGACUGCUAUACCACCGUCCCCACAACCUUCUCCGUCAUCUUCACCACCAUCUCCAAAACCGCAACCAGAACCACAACCGCUGCAUUCAUUAAUUUCCCAACCGCCACAGGAUCCUCUAACCUCAGCUGAACUGCAACCGAAAGACGAGUCAAAACCGGGGCCGAAACCAGAAACAUCGUUGCUCAGUGUCACUGAACCGCUCGCACAAUGGCAUCAAGCUUCAAAACCCAACUCUGCAAUUUUGAAACCCAAUGGCACAGCUCUGGAACCCAAUGCCACAACUGUGAAACCCACUGCCAAAACUUUAGAAUCCACCGCCAUAACUUUGGAGCGCAAAGACCUAACACCGGAACCUAUCGCCACAACUUUGGAAUCAAUCGCCAAAGCUUUGAAACCUACCACUACAAUUUUAAAACCCAACAUCACAGAAGAUACAUCUCAAACAAUUUUGCAAAUUAACAAAUCUACAGUUGGAACCUCGAAUCCAAACAUCACAAAAGACAUACCGGAACAAACUCCUGAAAUCGAGAAGCCUGUCAUUCCUGAUACGAAAGCCAACGUGACAAAAGGGCUCUUUGGACAAAUUUCUAAAGCUGUGGAAACCGUCGACGUAACUUCGCAACCCAGCAUCACAGAAAACAUAUCUGAACAAGUUCCUGAAACCGAGGGAGCCAUCGUCGCAAAUUCCAAACCCAACAUCACAGAGGGUAUAACUGAACAGAACCCUGAACUCGAUAAACCUAUCGUCGCAGUUGUGAAACCAAAUAUCACGAAAAAGAUAGUUGAAAAAAUUCCUGAAAUUGUGAAAUCUACCGUCAAAACUACGUCACCCACAAUCCCGGAAGACAUACGUCAACAAAUUCCUAAAAUCGAUAAACCUGUCAUCGCAACUUCAACACCUACAGCCAUAGAGAGUAUAUCUGAACAAGUUCCUGAAAGCGAGAAACCCGUCAUUUCAGAUAUGAAACCCAACGUCACAAAAGGGCUAUUUGGACAAAGUUAUGAAACUGUGCAAUCUGCCGUCAGAACUUCGACACCUAUCAUUACAGACGAGCUACUUAAAGAAAUUACUGAAAUUGAAGAACACGCCACCGGGACUUUGAAAUUGAACGUUACAGAGGACGUACCUGAACAAAUUCCUGAAAUUGAGCAACUUGUCGACAGAACUUCGGAGCCCAACAUCACAGAGGAAAUAUCUGAAAAAAUUCCUAAAAUUGAGGACGCCGUUGACGGAAAUUCGCAACCUAACAUCACAGAGGCCAUAACUGAACAAGUUCCUAAAUCUAAGAAAAUCGACGACGCAACAUCGAUUCUCAACAUCACAGAGGGAAUGUCUGAAAAACUUCCUGAAAUUGAGGAAGCCGUCGACGGAAAUUCGCAACCUAACAUCACAGAGGCCAUAACUGAACAAGUUCCUAAAUCUAAGAAAAUCGACGACGCAACAUCGAUUCUCAACAUCACAGAGGGAAUGUCUGAAAAACUUCCUGAAAUUGAGGAAGCCGUCGACGGAAAUUCGCAACCUAACAUCACAGAGGGCAUAUCUGAACAUAUGCCUCAAUCUGAAGAAGCCAUCAACGCAACUUCGAAACCCAACAUCGCAGAGGGAAUAACUGAACAGAGUCCUCAAUCGAAAGAAGCCACCCACGAAACUUUGAUCCCCAACAUCCCAGAGGGAAUAUCUGAAAAAAUUCCUGAAAUUGAGAAAGCUGUCGAUGGAACUUUAGCACCUAAUAUUACAGGGAGCAUAUCUGAACAGACUCCUCGAUCUAAAGAAGCAGACCACGAAACUUCGAUGCCCAACAUCACAGAGGGAAUAUCUGAAAAAAUUCCUGAACGUGGGGAAGCUGUCGAAGGAACUUCGGAGCCCAAUAUAAUAGAAGGUCUAUUUGGAGGGAUUGUUGGAUCGGAGAAACCUGCAGUCGGAACUUCGAACCCCAAAAACACAGACGGUACAUCUGACAAAAUUCCUGAAAUUGAGAAAGCUGUCGAAGGAACUUUAGCACCUAACAUCACAGAGGAAAUAUCUGAACAGUCUUCUCAAUCUAAAGAAGCCACCCACGAUACUAUGAUCCCCAACAUCCCAGCGGGAAUAUCUGAAAAAAUUCCUGUAAUUGAGAAAGCUGUCGAUGGAACUUUAGCACCUAAUAUUACAGGGGGCAUAUCUGAACAGACUCCUCGAUCUAAAGAAGCCGACCACGAAACUUCGAUGCCCAACAUCACAGAGGGUAUAUCUGAAAAACUUCCUGAAUUUGAGGAAGCUGUCGAUGUAACUUUAGCACCUAACAUCACAGAGGUCAUAUCUGAACAGACUUCUCAAUCUAAAGAAGCCAACCACGAAACUUCGAUGCCCAAUAUCACAGAGGGAAUAUCUGAAAAAAUUCCUGAAAAUGGGGAAGCUGUCGAUGGAACUUCGGAGCACAACAUAAUAGAAGGGCUAUUUGGAGAAAUUGUUGGAUCGGAGAAACCUGCAGUCGGAACUUCGAACCCCAAAAUCACAGAGGGUACAUCUGAAAAAAUUCCUGAAAUUGUGGAAGCUGCCGAAGGAACUUUUGCACCUAACAUCACACAGGGAAUAUCUGCACAGACUUCUCAAUCUAAAGAAGCCGACCACGAAACUUCGAUACCCAACAUCACAGAGGCAAUAUCUGAAAAAAUUCCUGAACGUGGGGAAGCUGUCGAUGGAACUUCGGAGCCCAAUAUAAUAGAAGGGCUAUUUGGAGGGAUUGUUGGAUCGGAGAAACCUGCAGUCGGAACUUCGAAUCCCAAAAUCACAGAGGGUAUAUCUGAAAAGACUCCUCAAUCUAAAGAAGCCGCCCACGAAACUUCGAUCCCCAACAUCUCGCAGGGAAUAUCUGAAAAAGUUCCUGAAUUAGAGGAAGCUAUCGAUGGAACUUUGGCACCUAAUAUUACAGGGGGAAUAUCUGAACAGAUUCCUCAAUCUGAAGAAGCCAUCAACGGAACUUCGAACCCCAACAUCGCAGGGGGCAUAUCUGAACAGACUACUCAAUCUAAAGAAGCCGCCCACGAAGCUUCGAUCCCCAACAUCCCGGUGGGAAUAUCUGAAAAAAUUCCUGAAAUGGAGGAAGCUAUCGAUGGAACUUUAGCACCUAAUAUUACAGGGAGCAUAUCUGAACAGAUUCCUCAAUUUGAAGGAGCCAUCAAUGGAACUUCGAACCCGAACAUCGCAGGGGGUAUAUCUGAACAGACUCCUCAAUCUAAGGAAGCCGCCCACGAAACUUCGAUCCCCAACAUCCCGCAGGGAAUAUCUGAAAAAGUUCCUAAAAUUGAGGAAGCCGUUAACGGAACUUCAAAACCCAACAUUACAGAAAACAUAUCUGAACAAAUUCCUGAAGUGGAGGAGCCUGUCAUUGAAACUUCGCAACCUAACAUCACAGGAGUACUAUAUGAUGAUGUUACUGAAGCGGGCAGAGAGAAUGCCACGAAUGUUGCGUUAUCGAUAACCCCGGUUUCCUUGCCCAAGGGAAUCAAUGAACAACAAGAUUGUGUCAAAGAGGGUUUCUUCCCUGAUUCCGAGGAUUGUUCGAAAUUUUAUAGAUGCGUACUAUACGGAGAUUCGUUGGUUAGGUACCAGUUCUCUUGUCCCUUUGGAACGUUUUGGGACGAUCAGCUGGAAACUUGCAAUUUCCCAAAGAGAAUUAAGUCCAAGGGUUUAUGCAAACGUCGGAUGUACGCUGCAUCGCUAGUACCUGAAUUUUCAAAGUUCAAAAUUGAAGACAGUCCUGAUAUUGGCAAUCUAAGCGUAGAUAGGUUCUGUGUCAUUUGUCCAAGUGGUUUUCGGCGACAUCCGAAUUUCUGCAAUAUAUUUUAUCAGUGUGUUAAUAACGACGAUAUGAUGGUGAAUAUUAUACCGUUUGCGUGUCCAAGAGGCUCCGUCUUUGACGAGGAAAAAUUGUUGUGCUCAUCAGGAACAGACGAUUGCGCGAAAGUUUCACUUCACAAACUACCUGAUUCGAUUACAAUCAUAAACCGCUUAAAUAAGGCAUUAUGUACAAGCGAGGGUCGGUUCCCAUAUGAUGAACCUUGUUCAAGCAAAUAUUUCAAAUGUAUACGUAACGAACGAGGAGCACUCGAAGGAUAUCUACUAGAUUGUCCGUCGAAAUAUGCGUACUCACCAGUUUCGGGUAAUUGCGUACCUUCAGAGACAUAUCCAUAUUGCGCAAACUAUUAUUAAAUUAACGAUAAUAUUGAAUCUUAAUCACUUUUUAAUUUUACACUUGUCGCAAUUUGGUGAUUGCUGUAACGUGUUGGAGUUUAAAAAUAUCUACUUUUUGACUCAAAUUUAA